GUCACUGCAAAAUUGCAAUCUUGAGGAAGCAACAAACAGUUCGUCGAACUCCUCCGUUAACUUACAAAUAGUGACUUUUUAAACUAUUUCUCCGCAUCGAAGAAUGUGCCGUUAGAUCGACUAUUGACCUUGCAGAUGUGUAGUAAAAGUUAAAGGGACUGCAUUGAGUGUGUCACAGAGACACUGAUCGAUCUACAUUGAGAAUAUAUUGAUUGUGAGUAAUGGGUGCUCACAGGAGUGAGGGACGCAGAGAUUGGCUGCAGCAGGAUGUCACUGAGCAGAAUCCCUGGAACAUAAUGAUCAAGCACAGACAGGUGCAUCGGAGGGGACGCCGCUCACAGAUGACUGUCAGUUACACAGAUCCUGUCAUAUCCAUGGAUCUUUUGCGGAUGGUACUGCAGCCCAGCUUCAAUGAAGACAUCCUUGCUGUGUUCAGAAAAUAUAUGAAGUUUUUUGAGAAGGCAGCCAGCAAUGUGAAAGAGAACGUUGGCGGGGACGUCCAGCCAGAUCAGCUGAUCAGAGACACUUGCCGAAACUGCCUGGAACAUGCAAAGCUGCUUUUUCCUGAUACCGAGAAAACUGAUCCGAAACCAAGUAGUAUUGACCCCACAGUGAAGCGUUCACGACAGCCGGACGACAACUCUGGCCAGAGAGACAGUCCCAUCCCCAAAAAGAGAAAGGGUCGCCCCCCUGCUCAAGUUGUAUCGUACGACAGAGCGGUCCAGUACAACACUCCAGCUAAAUCUAAAGCAUCAGAGCCAAUAAAGCGAGAAGGACCCAAAUGGGACCCAUUUAGGUUGACAGAGAAGAGCACAUUUGUUCUAGGAUCCAGGGCAAAUAAGGCUUUGGGAAUGGGCGGUACAAGAGGAAGAAUCUACAUUAAACAUUCAGAGCUCUUCAAGUAUGCAGCUGAUGCUCAGGACAAACACUGGCUUUCAGAGAGACAGCACAUGAGAGCCACAGGCGGAAAGAUGGCUUAUCUGCUUAUAGAGGAAGAUAUUCUUGAUCUUGCCCGAAGUGAAGACUACAAGGACUGUCCUGACUUGAAGCUAGAUGAACUGAAACCAUUUCAAGUGCCCAUAUGGAUGGUGGAGAAGAUGCAGAAGGCAAUGGAAGCUCAGAAAUCAGAAAAUGACCUCGCCGUUUGAUGCCGACCUCGUCAGGCAAGUCAUUGGACAACGGACUCUUGAGUGUUAUCUACUUAAAAUAAUUGUUACUUUUUGUUUUGUUUGUUUUACACGCUGAAUGGGAUCUUCACAAUAGACCCAGGCAAUUGCCCAGAAAUUGUUGUUUUGGAGGUUUACGUUCUCUACUUGAAUUUUCACAUUUCAUUAACUGGUAUUUGUCACAAAGUGGGGGAAAAAAAUAUUAAUUCCAAUUUUCUCUGUCAAACGAAAGUGUGCUUUUUGUUUGUGUCAUGAAUUUAAAAGACUUAAAAAUCUACUGAGGCACAAAUAGAGCCUGAAUGACUUUUUGAAUGCUGUGGUUAUUAGACAUUUUGUACGUUUUGUUUUUUCCUUUAGAAUUUGUCAUACUGUUGUUUUCUGUCUUUCUUUCUUUUUAAGUACAUAUGAUACCAUGUAGCUAGAAUGACUUGUAUUGCAAAAUAUUAAUUUUGUUUGUCAUACUUUAAAAAGGGAAUUUAUUUAGUCAUUUAUAUUUCUUUUUAAAAUAUAUACUGCUUUAUUUCUUACAAAACGAUAAAGCUACUUCCUCUAUCAGCAGAAUUAUGCAAUGGACUGUGCCAUUUGUAGAAAGUAUACUUAAGUGAAAAUAUGGAUACUGAGUGAAACUUUUACUCAGUUAAAAGUCCAAGUAUCUAGCCAAAAGCAUGCUUGAGUGAAAGUCAAAAAGUAUUCAUAUUAAAUUGUACUUAAGUAUUAAAAAAGUAAAAAGUUACCUUUUUCUACCUAGAAUGAAAUCAAGAUAGGAGAUGUUGUUAAAUUUGAUUGGUUUGUGAAGUCGCCUUUUUACUGUCUCUGACGAAUGUCAUAUUUUUCCCCCAGUGGCAUUCACAACGUGGUCAUAGAAUAAUCGUACAAUAACUACAUUUUUGCAAAAUGAUUUUUAUGUGACCUGCUGUACAUAUCGCGAAAGUGUCCUGGUGUAGAUUAUCAGUUCAUAAACACUUACUUUUCGCUCUGUUCCUCACACAAUGCUAUCUUAUGACAUCUAAACAAUUUUACUGUAGACUCAUUUUAACAUUUGCAUUACAUAACCAACAAUAUUUACAAGCUUGUUCAAGUGUGAUCAAAUUUCACGGUAGCUCAACUGAUAAAGCGUUGCACAUGCGAUACAAAGGAGCAGGGUACGAGUCCUGAAGAGCACGCAUGACGACACGUGAGCCGAAAGUGUCAUAGAAGCACCACAAAAUGAUGUGGUUGUGUCAGAAAGUGUGUUUUUCAUGUCACAUUUGCUUUUUAUGACACUAUCGGUUAGGUAUAGGUUUAAAGGAAUAUUCCGGGUUCAGUACAAGUUAAGAUCAUUCGACAGAAUUUGUGGCAUAAUGUUGAUUACCACAAAAAAAAAAAAAAAAUUAGACUCGUUCCUCUUUGUUUUUUUUUUCUCCCAAUUUGGAAUGCCCAAUUCCCAAUGUGCUUUUAAGUCCUCGUGGUCGUGUAGUGAUUCACCUCGAGUCCCAGUUGCCUCCGUGUCUGAGAUCGUCAACCCGCACAUCUUAUCACGUGGCUUAUUGAGUGCGUUGCCACGGAGACAUAGUGCGUGUGGAGGCUUCACGCCAUCCACCGCGGCAUCCGCGCUCAACUCACCACGCGCCCCACUGAGAACGAACCACAUUAUAGUGACCACAAGGAGGUUACCCCAUGUGACUCAACCCUCCCUAGCAACUGGGCCAAUUUGGUUGCUUAGGAGACCUGGCUGGAGUCACUCAGCACGCCCUGGGAUUAGCAAACUAGCGAGCUAGCGAACUCCAGGGGUGGUAGCCAGCGUAUUUUACUACUGAGCUACCCAGGCCCCCCUUCGUUCCUCCUUUAUUUAAAAAAAAAAAAAAAAAAGCAAAAAUCGAGGUUCCAGUGAGGCACUUACAAUGGAAGUGAAUGUGGCCAAAUUCAGAAGUAUAGCCACAGGACAUAAAGGAUAUGUGUGUUAACAUGAUAUAAUUGUGAUAAAAUCACUUAUUCGCCCUUUCAUUGUAAAGUUAUAGGACAUUUUUCAACUUCGUUACCAUGACAAUGUAAUGUCAAUGAUUUGUUGAUUUAAAUCUUGAGAGAACAUUAACCUUAAAAACCUAAUUUGUUCGGGAGAACAUUUCACUUGCUUUUAGCACCGCAACGUGCACGUUUCACUGUAAUGAACCAAAAUUUUAUUUUGCAAAAAUGUUGCACACAGUCACGCAAUGUUCAUUGCAUGGGAGAAAGCAAUGAAUCUUUUGAAGUUAGUAAUGUUGUUGGUUUUGUGAAUGGUUUUCUGAGGUUUGCUACCAAACAGACCUUGCUGUUGAGCAGAUGGAUGAAUUCAAUAAAAUUCAUAAUUAAUAUUUA